AUGGUGACAUUAGAGGGUCACAUCCGCAUUCAUUAUACCAGUUUAGACUUUUUCCUCUCUCAUUUUGCAGGACCAAGUGCUCCAACUGGUUCAAAUCUCCUGCCCCAACACACCACACGACACUAA